UUAAUAAUAAAGAACUUGUUACUGAUGAUAAUGAAGAACUUGUUACUAAUAAUAAUAAAAAACUUGUUACUAAUGAUAAUAAAGAUGAGUUGAUAGAAGAAUUGCAAACAGAUAUUGAUAUACUUAACCUUAAAAUGUAA